CACAAACACACAUACACAUUACACACACACUCUCUCUCUCUCUCUGUCUAGUAGGUUUGUGUUUUUUUUUUGUUUAAAUCAAUAUUUUGUUGGAUUUUCAUGUGAAAUAAACUUGAUGGGUGAUAGGAAACAAACGCACAUACGUCAUCAUCACCCUUAAUUUCUAUUUCUCCUUCUUCUUCAAUCCUCAUCAAUACCAAUUCUCUCAAUCUUGCAAUACUCUUCUUCUCUGGCCUAUAACAAUAAGCAUCUCUAUAAUCCCCUAAGAUUUACAAAUGGAGCUUGGAGGAGGAGUACAAGAUAACGCAAUUACUUCCACAACAAUGAUCUCAACAGAAGUAAAGGCACUUACCAAACCGUACCAGGAUCCUGAAGCCAAACCAGAAUCAGAUCUAUCCAUAGCUUUAUUCCCCAUCAAGAAACCAAAGACACGUGUCGACCAAGCAGCUAAGUACCGGGAAUGCCAGAAGAACCACGCGGCCCUAACCGGAGGACACGUGGUCGACGGAUGCUGCGAGUUCUUGGCCGGCGGAGAAGAAGGUACGCUCGGUGCGCUGAAAUGCGCCGCCUGUAACUGUCACCGGAGCUUCCACAGGAAAGAAGUGUACGGACACAAACAAGAUCAGAUGAUGAUAACCCCGGCGUUUUACAGCAGCAACAACAGCUCGUACAAGGCGAUGCAGCCACGUGGAGUGUAUCCAGCGGGUGAGAUUGGACGGAGGACUUCUUCGUCGAGCGAGGAUAUGAAGAAGAUUCUGAGCCAUCGUAACCAUAAUAACGUUGAUGGGAAUGGCAUGAUGAUGACGAGGAAGAAGAAGAAGAGAGUGAGGACCAAGAUCAAUGAAGAACAAAAGGAGAAGAUGAAGGAGUUCGCGGAGAGAUUAGGGUGGAGGAUGCAGAAGAAAGAUGAAGAAGAGAUUGAUAAGUUUUGUAAAGUGGUGAAUCUGAGGAGACAGGUUUUUAAGGUUUGGAUGCAUAAUAACAAGCAAGCAAUGAAGAGGAACAGUAACACUAGUGACUAGUGAUGAUCAUCUUCUCCAACGAAUUAUAUAUAAUCUCUCUCUCUACAUAUAUAUAUAUAUAUAAAUUUUGGUCUUCAA